GUUCUCGCGGUUUUACCAGAAGGUCCCGGUUUUGCAUUUACAGUUCCUCGUGGAAGGCGGGGCUACGAAUGAUGCUGCCUGGCGAUUGGUUACGCCGCGUUAGGAACGUGACCACGGGAAAUUGGACCGUGCAAACCGAACAAUGAUUGGUUGGCGAGGUGACUGGCCCGCUUGUGAGGUGGCGGCAUCGGCGAGGAGAGCCAUGGGCCAGGCAGCCAAGGUUUUACAGCUCUUUAAAACAUUGCACAGGACCAGACAAGAAGUUUUUAAAAAUGAUGUCAAAGCAUUAAGAGCAGCCAGAAUAAAGAUAAAUGAAGAAUUCAAAAGUAAUAAAAAUGAAACUUCUCCUAAGAAAAUAGAAGAGCUAAUGAAAAUGGGCUCCGAUGUUGAACUAUUACUCAGAACAUCAGUUAUACAAGGUGUUCACACAGACCACAAUACACUGAAAUUGGUUCCUAGGAAAGACCUUCUUGUAGAAAACGUGCCGUACUGUGAUUCGCCAACUCAGAAACAGUGACUUUUCUAGGAUAAAAGCAAGUCUUUGUACUUUUAAUUUAAAAAUACAUAACUCUGGCAAAAGUCCUGGAAAUGUGGAAUUUUUUUCUAAGCUGACAUACUGAAAUGAGUGAAUUAAAGAGUAGUUUUACAGUUAAAUUUUACGUUUAAAAAGACAUUGCUAAGAAAUAUAGUACUUAAUGAUUCUAAGGGACAGUAGAUAAGAAGGCCACCUAUUUUUAUUGAAAUUCAAACUUAAAAGUAAACUAAGUGCUCGGAGCUGGAGAGUAAAGUGGGUAUGGCCUUGCCUUAUACACAGUUGACCCAGAUUCUAUCCCCGACACCUCCUAUUGUGGCCCAAGCCCCAACAAGAGUGAUCACUGAGCUCAGAGCCAGAAGUAAGCCCUGAGCACCAAGGAGUAUAGCCCAAAACCCAAAAACAAAUAAAUAAAUAAAUAAAUAAAGUAAACUAAGUGCUCCAGGAAGUAUAGUAUAAUCACUUUUCUUUGAUGUUGGUUUUACCCUAUUUGGUAAUGCAGUGAUUUCACAAAUUAGUCAGUUUUCUUCCCUUGUGAAAUUAAUUAUAUUAAAAUUAUGAUUAAAUUGUUUAUUCCCAAAACAUUAAAUUGGGUCAAAAAUAAGUUCUCCACAGAAGAUAGAGAGUGCUUUGUUUCUUAAAACAAGCACAAAAGUUGUUUCUGUAGCUAACAAGUAAAACUACACAGUAUCCUUGUAAAGAAAGAAAAGGUCUUUGUGUUCCUGUAAAGAUUUAUCUUUGUGUUCCUGUAAAGACUGAUUUUUAAAUCAGUCUUCUGAGAAAAAUAUCAAAAUGAUUCAGGAUAUCUGUGGAGUAAUUAAAUCCUCAUUUUUGUUUGCAUGAUUAUUUUUGCUUUGGGGUCACAGUAGUGCUUUAGUGUGCAGGUCACUCUUGGAGGUGCUCAGAAAACCAGGUGAUAUAAGGGAUUGAACUCAGAUCUCCUCUCUGCAAAGAAGCAUGUUAGUCCAUUAAACUAGCUUUCUGACCCCAAAUCCUAAUUUUUUUAAAGGUAUAGCCAUAUUACAUAAAAAGUCUUCUUUGAUUUAGUUCUACUUAGGUCACAGCUAGACAUUAUUGUACGGAUGCAAUUUAUAGCUUUGUUCCCUUAGUUUAGACAAACUUAAAUAGCUUUUCUUCUUGCAUAAAACCCAUCUCUGAUGAGAGUGGCAAUAUCACAAACUUCUUGGCAUUCUACCAUCUAAUGCUAUGAGCUAUAACAGUGUAUUUAAUAACUUCUGUUCCUCUUAUCUAUGCAACUUUGUCAUUUUCUUAGUGAACAGCAUAUUCUUUCUCAAUCACUUAUCAGUUUCUCCAUUUAAUGAUGACACAGGGUUUUUAAUUCCUGUGGUUGUCAAUGCAUGCUCUGUUGGCAGAAAUGUUUCUGUGCCCAGACUAUCUACAAUGUGUCAUCUAAAAAUAUUUUUAAAAGAUAAAAAAUUUUCAAAAUUAUUUAGGAAAGUAAACAUAACUGGAGACUGUGCUCAAUGCCUCCCAAUAUUGUUGAGAUUAUUUAGUAGUCUAUGAGAUGUAUUAUGUGUGUUCAAAAUUUUGUUAACUUUUCAUUUCCCAUGUAUAUUUCUUAUCAAGGCAUAAUGAAUGUAUAAAUUUUUAAACUUACUGUUUCAGUUAGUGUCUGUAUUAUAAUGUUUUGAGAAAUACUUUAGGCUGAUUUCUUUUUAGUUUUUUUAUAUACAUAUGGAGGGUGGAUACAAGAAUUAUCCAGAGCCUCAUCCAUGUGAAAACAUGUCCUCUGCCACUAAGCUCUGCUGUGUGUAUAUGUAUGUAUGUAUGUUAGUUUCCGUAGCUUUUUCCCUUUAAUUUGAAUUUUUCUUAUAGCAUUCUCUCUUCACGUUAAUUUGAAUAUUUUACCAGACUUAUUUUUUAACAAACUAUAAUUAGGAGCAGUUCAGAUAAUCCACAUGUUUAUCUCUGUCGCACUAUAUUCACAACCAUGUUCAUACUAUAAUACAAUGGAAUAAAGUUUCUGUGUGACAUUUGAAUAGCAUAUUUGACUAUCAGAAAAUUUUAUAAACUAUGGCGCCCUGUCCUGCUAUUGUAUGCAUUUGUAUUUUAAAUGAAUUUUUAAGUAAC